AUGGAGAUCCGACCGGACAGGUUUAAGGCGGCGGCGGGGAAAACUCUGGGGAAAAUUCACAGGCUGAUAGAGAAGCGGCAGACCAAUGGAGAAACCAUCGAGCUAUCAGCGGAGGGCCGUCCUGAGCUGGUGGAGGAGAAAGAGCUGCCAGUGGUGGACUGCACCUGCUUUGGUUUGCCCAGGCGCUACAUCAUCGCCAUCUUGUCAGGCCUGGGGUUCUGCAUCUCCUUCGGCAUCCGAUGCAACCUGGGUGUGGCCAUCGUGAGCAUGGUCAACGACCACACUGUCUACAAAGGCAACAAGGAAGUUCUUGUGGCUGCACAGUUCAGCUGGGACCCUGAGACAGUGGGGAUGAUCCAUGGCUCCUUCUUCUGGGGCUACAUUGUCACACAGAUCCCGGGUGGCUUUAUAUGUCAAAAAUUUGCAGCCAACAGAGUGUUCGGCUUUGCCAUAGUGGCCACCUCCACCCUCAACAUGCUGAUUCCAUCAGCCGCUCGCUGCCAUUACAGCUGUGUCAUACUGGUCAGGAUAUGCCAGGGCCUUGUUGAGGGUGUAUCAUACCCAGCCUGCCACGGGAUCUGGGCCAAGUGGGCGCCACCGCUGGAGAGAAGUCGAUUGGCCACAACAGCCUUUUGUGGAUCCUAUGCAGGGGCUGUGGUGGCCAUGCCUUUAGCUGGGAUACUGGUGCAAUACACUGGGUGGCCUUCGGUAUUCUACGUCUAUGGCUGUUUUGGGAUAUUCUGGUAUUUGUUCUGGGUCCUGGUGUCUUACGAGAGUCCUGCAGCGCAUCCCACCAUCACAACAGAGGAGAGGAAGUACAUCGAAGAUGCAAUCGGAGAGUCUGCAUCAUUUCUCAACCCUCUGCAUAAAUUUAAAACCCCAUGGAAACACUUCUUCACCUCCAUGCCAGUCUACGCCAUCAUUGUAGCCAACUUCUGCAGGAGCUGGACCUUCUACCUGCUGCUCAUCAGCCAGCCGGCCUACUUUGAAGAGGUCUUUGGCUUCGAGAUCAGCAAGGUGGGCAUGGUGUCCGCUUUGCCCCAUCUGGUGAUGACUAUCAUCGUGCCAAUUGGAGGCCAGUUGGCCGACUACCUGAGAACCCACAACCUGAUGUCCACCACCAACGUCCGGAAGAUGAUGAACUGUGGAGGUUUUGGGAUGGAGGCGACCCUCCUGCUGGUAGUGGGAUUCUCUCACACUAAAGGUGUUGCCAUUUCCUUCCUGGUCCUCGCGGUGGGCUUCAGUGGAUUUGCAAUCUCAGGGUUUAAUGUCAAUCACUUGGACAUCGCCCCUCGAUACGCCAGCAUACUGAUGGGCAUCUCAAACGGGGUGGGAACAUUAUCAGGAAUGGUGUGUCCUCUCAUAGUCGGAGCCAUGACCAAACACAAGACACGUGAGGAGUGGCAGUAUGUCUUCCUUAUAGCUGCCCUCGUUCAUUAUGGAGGAGUGAUUUUCUAUGGACUCUUUGCAUCAGGAGAGAAGCAGCCAUGGGCGGACAUAGAAGACACCAGCGAAGAGAAGUGUGGCAUCAUCGAUGAGGAUGAACUGGCCAAUGAGACAGAGGAGCUCUACCGUGGAGGCGGGCAGUACGGCGCCAUGAAGCCCGUGGUGGGUUCUAACGGGGGCGGGGGCGCAGGAGGAGGAGGUGGAGGAGGAGGUGGAGGAGCCGGACCCGGGUGGGUGUCGGACUGGGAUAAGUCUGAGGAGUAUGUUCAACCGCCUGGAUACAACUCUUACAUGCACGGCGGAGAGGAAGAGAGGGAGCAGACACCGAAGAGCAACGUGAUCAAACAAAUAAUCAAUAAAUAA